AUGUCCCUGCCGCACUCCCUGGGUGACCAAAUUUUCACCUCUCCACUGUACUGGGCGAAGGCUACGAACUUCCCCGAGACCGCGGCACACGCUAUUGACUUCGUGAAGAGGGAGGAAUGGUGGAGCAAGAAGUUCAUGCCCAGUCUCGUGAAGGGGCGCGAUGGCAAAACUCACUUCGACACGCCGUUCUCCCGCCUCCUGGGCAAGCCGCCAAACUUGGUGGCUCGUAUGGUUUCGUCAGCGCCGCCCUGGCGUCUGGGCAUCACGUCGAGCUUGCUGGCGGGUGGUCACUACAACGCUGCUGCCCUCCGCACGAAGGUCGCCGAGAUCCAGGGCAAGAUCCCCGCUGGUGUCGGUAUUACUCUCAACUCGCUCUACAUCAACCCGCGCCAGUUCGGCUUCCGGUUCCCCCUGUGGCAGGAAAUGUGCCGCGAGGGCCUGCCCCUCGAGGGCUUCUGCGCCGCCGCAGGUAUCCCCAGCACGGAGAAUGCAGCCAAGAUCAACGGUGGCCUCGAGGCGGUGGGCACCCGGCGCAUUUCGUUCAAGCCUGGAUCCGUCGGCGGCAUCCGCCAGGUCGUCAACAUCGCCGCGGCUAACCCAGACUUCCCUAUCAUCCUGCAGUGGACGGGUGGCCGUGCGGGUGGCCACCACUCGUGCGAGGACUUCCACCAGCCGAUUCUCUCGACGUAUCAUUCGAUCCGCCGGCACAGCAAUAUCUCGCUCUUCGCUGGCUCUGGGUUCGACCUCGCGCUACUGACCGGUGCCACCGCACACCCCGCAGCACAGUCCAUCGUCGAAUGGCGAUUCGGGUUGGAGAGCUGGGCGGCGGGGUGGGCGGCGCGGCAGGAGCAAAACUCCGUCUCCCAGUUGAAGCCACCGCGCCCACGUUCACUCCCCUCUGAGUCGCGUCCAGAAGACGAAAUGCGAUCGGAAGCGCAGUUCCAGCGGCUCGUUGCAUCAUUCUGCGAGCUACCUUCGCCACACCGAGUGCAGCGUCCGCCGCCAGAUCAGGGCAGGUAUCCCGAGGAGGCAGGCACCGAGGAACCUCGCAGGCCGGAUACGCCGAGCGGCGACAGUGAGCUAGAGGAAGCAGCGCCGUCCUUGUUCGUGGAUCCGAUUGCUAUCCCGAAGUCCGUUACACCCGCUGCGAGUGUGAAUGGGGAGGGGGGGGACAUGAGCAUGCUGGAUAGUCCAGCGAUGGAUGUCGAUGCCCGGAUGAUCGAUACGACCCGUACCCGACUACCAACAAGCGGCGUGCGGUCUCCAUCCAUCAGCUUCGCUCGGGACAACCAGCCAUCGUCGUUCACCCCGGUACUCCUCGACGCCGAGCAGCAAUGGGAUACAUUCAACAUCCCACAGUGCAAGGUUGUGCCAGUGUCUCGUUGCUCGUCCUCUGUCGUCAAUCUGACGCCGGUGCUCACACUCAUUGACAGUCUCGCGAUUCUGUCCGCCGUCCUCGGCUACGCGAUCAAGGGCUCCUUCACCCCUUCCAACAGUCGCAUCCUCGCAGCCUCAACACGCGACGCCCACAUUCGGCUUUCCGCCGGCAAGUCCAAGGGUACCGCAGACUUGAUGCUCCGUUCGGCGCCCGCGACGUCAGCUGCACACGACAACGGCAAGUCUAGUCUGGCGAUGGUCUCCUCGCAUGCGCGUUACGCUGCGGGCGGCGGGAAGGGCAAGGCUGCUGCGUGCGGAGGCGGCACGAUGUUUGCGCUGAGCGCCUGAUGCGGCGCGGGCUCGCUCGCGGAGAUUCUCGGCCUCGGAUACAC